UUAUUUACACACUAACUUAAAAAACUGAUCGGUUUUAGGGUUCCAUAUACGGAUUUGCUAAUCUUGCUAGGAGGAUGGUGAGAAAGAAGAUCGAGAUCAAAAGAAUCGAGAAUAUCACGAGCAGACAAGUCACCUUCUCCAAGCGUAGGAAAGGUCUUUUGAAGAAAGCUCACGAGCUUUCAGUUCUAUGCGAUGCUCAAGUCGCCGCCAUUGUCUUUUCUCAGAAAGGAAAAUUAUAUGAUUUCGCUAGCUCCAACAUGCAGAAGAUGAUGGAACGAUAUGGAAUAUACAAAAGGGAGUAUUUUUCGGCAGAGAUAUUCCAAAGAGAGCAAUAUGUGCAGGAUCUCAAGAACGAAAUCACAGUAAUGGUGAAAAGGAUUGGCCUUCUUCAACUUCAAUGCCGGAAGCUGAUGGGGCAAGAUUUGGAUUCGUGUUCGGUGGAUGAGCUCAAAGAGAUAACUAUCCAGCUUGAGAAAAGCCUUACUGUUGUCAGGUCAAGAAAGGCCAAGAUAAAUGAAGAUGAGGUAGAGAAACUAAAAGAAGAGAGAGAGCUCUUGAACGAGAGACCUAGGCUGCACCUGCACGAAAUGGUACACAACUACGUUGUAAUACAAUCGAAUUAG